UAAUGUUUAGAACGCAGCCGCAGUGUGUCUGGUUCCUGUCUCCGUCAUAUAUCGGGGCUCCCAGUGCUACGGCGCCUGUUAGCUGGUUAGCAAAACAACUUCGAAAAAAAGUUAUUUUCUGUAUUAACACUAAGUAUCAUACUACACAGAAAACGUGUCGUUAAGUGGGAGCGGACAAAAUGCCUGCGGUCUCUAAAGGGGAUGGGAUGCGUGGCCUGGCCGUGUUCAUCUCUGACAUCAGGAACUGUAAAAGUAAAGAAGCAGAAAUAAAGAGGAUAAAUAAAGAACUGGCCAACAUUCGCUCAAAGUUUAAAGGAGACAAAGCUCUGGAUGGCUACAGUAAAAAAAAGUAUGUGUGCAAGCUGCUAUUCAUCUUUCUUCUGGGACAUGAUAUCGACUUUGGACACAUGGAGGCUGUCAACCUCCUCAGCUCCAACAAGUACACAGAGAAACAAAUUGGUUACCUUUUCAUCUCAGUGCUGGUGAACUCCAACAGUGACCUGAUCCGUCUAAUCAACAAUGCUAUUAAGAAUGACCUGAACAGCCGCAACCCUACCUUCAUGAACCUGGCCCUACACUGCAUCGCCAAUGUGGGCAGCAGAGAAAUGGCUGAGGCUUUUGCUUCAGAAAUUCCCAGAAUCCUGGUGGCAGGAGACACCAUGGACAGUGUGAAGCAGAGUGCAGCACUGUGUCUGCUGCGACUCAACAGGACAUCUCCUGACCUGGUACCUAUGGGAGAAUGGACAGCCCGUGUGGUCCAUUUGCUCAACGAUCAGCACCUGGGAGUGGUAACAGCAGCCACAAGCCUAAUCACCACUCUGGCCCAGAAGAGCCCAGACGACUUCAAAACGUCCAUCUCACUGGCUGUGGCAAGGCUCAGCAGGAUUGUGACUUCAGCAUGCAUCGACUUGCAGGACUAUACUUACUACUUUGUUGCUGCUCCGUGGCUGUCUGUUAAAUUGUUACGUCUUCUACAGUGCUACCCUCCACCUGAGGAUGCAGCUCUGCGGAGUCGCCUUACUGAAUGUCUGGAGACGAUCCUCAAUAAAGCCCAAGAGCCGCCCAAGUCUAAAAAGGUUCAGCACUCCAAUGCAAAGAAUGCAGUUCUGUUUGAAGCCAUCUCCCUCAUCAUCCACCACGACAGUGAGCCCACCCUGUUGGUUCGAGCCUGCAAUCAGCUCGGCCAGUUCCUGCAGCAUAGAGAAACCAACCUGCGAUAUCUGGCUCUGGAGAGCAUGUGCACGCUGGCCAGCUCUGAGUUUUCUCAUGAGGCAGUAAAGACACAUAUAGAAACUGUGAUCAAUGCUUUAAAGACGGAGCGAGAUGUGAGUGUUCGCCAGCGUGCUGUGGAUCUGCUCUAUGCCAUGUGUGAUCGCAGCAAUGCCAAGCAGAUAGUGGCAGAGAUGCUGAGCUACCUGGAGACUGCCGAUUACUCCAUCAGAGAGGAGAUAGUGCUCAAGGUGGCCAUCCUCGCAGAGAAGUAUGCUGUAGACUACACCUGGUACGUGGACACCAUCCUCAACCUCAUUCGCAUCGCCGGGGACUAUGUCAGUGAAGAGGUGUGGUACCGGGUCAUCCAGAUUGUCAUCAACAGAGAUGAUGUUCAAGGCUACGCUGCCAAGACUGUCUUCGAGGCACUACAUGCCCCUGCUUGUCAUGAGAACUUGGUUAAAGUGGGUGGUUACAUCUUGGGAGAGUUUGGUAACCUGAUUGCUGGUGACUCACGCUCCAGCCCUCUGGUCCAGUUCAACCUCCUCCACUCCAAAUUUCACCUAUGCUCUGUGCCGACCCGUGCUCUCCUGCUGUCGGCCUACAUCAAGUUCAUUAACUUGUUUCCAGAGGUGAAGGCCACCAUCCAGGACGUCCUGCGCUCAGACAGCCAGCUCCGCAACGCUGAUGUGGAGCUUCAGCAGAGAGCUGUGGAGUACCUGAGGCUCAGCUGCAUCGCCAGCACUGACAUACUGGCCACAGUCUUAGAGGAGAUGCCUCCAUUCCCAGAGCGAGAGUCAUCUAUUCUGGCCAAGCUGAAGAAGAAGAAGGGUCCAGGAAACCUCCCUGACAUCGACGAUUCCAGACGGAACGUCAAUGGCAACACGGAGCACCAUGAGCCUACUGAAACCACAAACAAGUCUCCUCCUUCACUGAUGGCUGACCUUCUUCCUACCAACAGACCCCGCCCUGCCUCCUCUAGUCCCAUCAUGCUCUCUGCUGGGACCAUGGGUUCCUCCCAUCCUUUCACGGACCUGCUGAAUCUAAACUCGCCUCCUGCAGCAGCACCCAGCCUUCUAGUUGAUGUGUUUUCUGACCUCUCUGCCCCCGCUUCUGUUGAAGUGUCUGAGGAUAAUUUUUCCAGGUUUGUUUGUAAGAACAACGGCGUUCUCUAUGAGAACCAGCUUCUGCAGAUUGGACUGAAGUCUGAGUACAGGCAGAACUUGGGUCGUAUGUAUGUGUUUUAUGGAAACAAGACGUCCACUCAGUUCCUCAGCUUCUCCUCAUCGGUGACCAAUGGGGAUGCACUCAAGGGUCAGCUCAUUGUCCAUGCGAAAUCAGUAGACCCUGUCAUAGAUGGUGGUGCUCAAGUCCAGCAGAUCCUCAACAUGGAGUGUGUGUCUGAUUUCACAGAUGCUCCAGUGCUCAACAUCCAGUUCAGGUACGGUGGAGCCCUCCAGAACAUCGCAGUGAAACUCCCUGUGAUGCUCAACAAGUUUUUCCAGCCUACAGAGAUGACAUCCCAGGACUUCUUCCAACGCUGGAAACAGCUUGGAGCUCCUCAGCAGGAGGUUCAGAAAAUCUUCAAAUCCCAACACCCGAUGGACACAGAUGUUACAAAGGCUAAGAUCUUAGGUUUUGGUGUUGCUCUGCUGGACGGGGUCGAUCCCAAUCCGGCAAACUUCGUGGGAGCCGGAGUCAUCCACACUAAGGACACUCAGGUGGGCUGCCUCCUCAGACUGGAGCCCAACACACAAGCAGAGAUGUACCGUCUGACCCUCCGGACCAGCAGGGACUCCGUAUCUCAGAGACUGUGCGAUCUGCUCUCAGAACAGUUUUAGACGAUGCCUUCCACGCAUCACCAGCAUUACUACGCCUUUACUCUCAUUUAGUCUCACUUUAGAGGAAUCAAUGUAUUGUACAGUGUAAAUUCAUUUUUUUUAUUUUCUUUAAUUUCCAUGUAAAUGAAUUGAAAUGUAUUUUUGGCACACAGCUUUACUAAUAUGUCACUGCUUUAAAACCUGCCUGUGCACUCACUGUGAGCACCUUUAGCUGCCACGUCGCUGAAAGGUGCAAAAGAGGCUUUGAAUCUUCUGCAGCUCCAAAGUUUCUGAAAUGGCGUGUUUCCGCUGCUUGAAUUCUGCCUUCGCUCCUCCACGUGUUGUUGAAGAGUUGGUUAGGAUGCUUUAUUUCAACUGAGACGCCUGAACAUCUCAUUAGUUCACUUGUGAUUUCUCCUGAUUUAGUGUCGUAGUGUUCCAAACUGAUGUUGCGCACAAACCCGGGAAGCUUUCUUUAACUUCUCACCCAAUUUGCACUUGUUAGGUAGAAAAAGGAAAUCACACCAGUAGAUCAAAUAGAUGAGAGAAUUGCAAAUUUAAUCUCUGAUUUUUUUUUUUUUUAAUGCCGUGCACAUUUUACACCUGUGUCGUCUCAGGAGCAACGCUUUGCAUUGCAUUUUUAGCAAAGAACUUUUGAUGUUACAUGUUUUGUUGCGAUGUGGAGAGCUGUGUCUGAGCUACAGUGUGCAUUAAUUAACACCAAUUAAUAUUCAAAGAAAUGACGAAAUGUCUAGUAGCAAACGGGGAGUGAUUGGUGUCUCCCUGGAUCUCUGGCCCUAAUCCUCUUUCACACGGUUGUGCCUUAGAUCGUAUGUUGUUCCGUCAAAAACAGAAGGAGCCAUUAAACAUACAUGAGUAAUGUCCUUACAGUCUAAUGCACUGCCACACUAUCACACUUUGCCUGAAUGCAUUUAUUCACAGAGCACUGCCAAACUGGUAAUAUUUCUAUAUUUCUAUGUUUUAUAAAAUGUACUCUUGUCUUAUGA